AUGUAUGCGCAUAAAGAUUCAAGCGGAAGAGUAACAGAAGAAUUUCUCAACGGAGCAGAGAUGUUCAUGUACCACGCCGGACAGACGUCUCUCACACUAGAAAUGGGUAAAAUGUUAUGUCCAUGUCGUAAAUACAACAAUACCAAAUUUGCUGCUAGUGAAACGGUUUGGAAACAUAUUGUAAAUAGAGGAUUUACUCCACAUUACUAUAUCUGGUUUAACCACGGAGAAGCUGAUAAUAGGAAUGAAGCAAGUAGUAGUAAUCAGGUUGAAAAUGUUCGUAACAGAGAGGAACCACAUUUACCUUCUGAAAGUUGUAACCUUCAAGAGGAUCAUAUGGUAGAUCAUGAUAGGAUGCAUGAUAUGGUUACAGAUGCAUUUCGUGAAACAAGAUCAGUAAUAGAGGAGGUAGAAAAUGUAGAGGGGCCUAAUUUGGAUGCAAAAAGAUUUUAUGAAAUGCUAGCAGCAGCUAAUGAGCCAAUUUAUGAAGGUUGUAGAGAAGAUCUUUCUAAAUUAUCAUUGGCAGCUAGGAUGAUGAAUAUCAAAACAGAUCAUAACUUACCUGAAGUUUGUAUGGAUGCAUGGGUUGAGUUGUUUAAAGAGUAUUUGCCUGAAGAUAAUCAGUGUGCUGAAUCUUAUUAUGAGAUUCAGAAACUGGUUCAUAGUUUACCUUCGGAGAUGAUUGAUGUGUGUAUAGACAAUUGUAUGAUAUACUGGGGAGAAAAUGCAGAAUUGUUAGAGUGUAAAUUUUGCAAGAAGCCACGAUAUAAACCGCAAGGACGUGGGCGGAAUAGAGUGUCGUACCAGCGGAUGUGGUACUUACCUAUCAAGGAUAGACUGAAGAGAUUAUAUCAAUAUGAAAAGACGGCAGCAGCGAUGAGAUGGCAUGCAGAACAUACUAAGAAGGAAGGUGAGAUCAAUCAUCCCUAUGAUGCAAAAGCGUGGAAACACUUGAAUUCGGUGUACCCUGAUUUUGCAAGCAACCCCCGCAGCGUUUAUCUUGGGCUCUGCACAAAUGGCUUUAGUCCAUUUGGAAUGUCUGGAAGACAAUAUUCGCUUUGGCCAGUCUUCUUAACGCCAUACAAACUUCCACCAGAGAUGUGUAUGGGAAAGGAAUUGCUUUUCAUGAGUAUAUUGAUACCUAGGCCAAAGCAUCCAAAGAGGUCCCUUGAUGUUUUUCUACAGCCUUUGAUAGAAGAAUUGAAGGAAUUAUGGUCAACAGGCGUGCAUACAUAUGAUUUUUCAACGAGAACAAACUUUACAAUGCGAGCAGUCCUUUUGUGGACCAUUAGUGACUUUCCUGCAUACGGGAUGUUGUCAGGUUGGACGACGCAUGGAAGGCUAUCUUGUCCUUAUUGUAUGGGAAGCACAUACACAUUUCAGCUGAAAAGUGGUAGGAAGACGUCCUGGUUUGAUUGUCAUCGGAGAUUUCUUCCCAUUAACCAUCUGUACCGAAAGAACAAGAAAUUGUUUCGGUCAAAAAAGGUUGUACGAGACACCGCUCCACCAUAUUUAUCUGGAGAGGAAAUCGAGAAGGAUAUUGAUUACUAUGGUGCACAAGACAUAGUCAAGAAAGGGGGUAAUUGGCAUACUACUGGAAAUAUGUCUGCUGGUUACGGGACACAACAUAAUUGGUACAAGAAGAGUAUUUUUUGGGAACUUCCAUAUUGGAAAAAUCUACUUCUACGCCACAAUCUUGAUGUGAUUCAUAUAGAGAAGAACUUCUUUGAGAACAUCAUCAAUACAUUGUUGAACGUCCCCGGGAAGACAAAAGAUAACAAGAACUCAAGAUCUCGUAUUUAUAAAAACUCUUACGCGAGUAACAUUCUCCCACAGCCGGAUCCAUCGGCUUCUACUUCCGGCACUGCAUCCGGCCAAGAGAAUGUGCUUGAUAGCCAAGUUCAUACUGCCGAUCCGUAUGUGCCUCCACAGGCAUAUGACCCUGAAGCUUACUCUCCGCGGUUCGAUGACCCUGCUAAAUUCUUUCCCCAGUACGAUGAGCCUCCACAGCAGCCUCGGUAUGAGCAGCAUCAUCCUCCACACCAUCCUCAGGAGCGGUGGACCGCUCCCAAAGCUGCUCCGGCUCCUGCAUUUGUUCAUCCAGAUUUGAUGGUGCCACCGAAUGCACCAUAUGCAAGAUAUACGGUGGAAGACCUUCUCCAGAUGCCGGGACGAGAAGGUUUUCGACGGACAAUUGUGUGGGACAGAGCGUUGAAUAUAUCAUCAGGGCAAACUUCCGGAAGCGCAUCUGAACUGGCCUCUUACACCUGA